CCCGGGGCGGAGCCGGGGCCGGAGCGAAGGGGACGCGCUCUGCUGGGGGCGCGGCCUGCGCCGUGCGCUAUAAAACGGCAGCCGCCGAAGCGCUGUCGCUGGUGCUCACUCCGCCCUGUGUGUCUGUGUGUGUCUCGGCUCCCGGCCGCAAUUCCUGCUGCGCCACAGCCAUGGCGGCGCUGACGGUGAAAGCCUACCUGCUGGGCAAGGAGGAGACGGCCCGCGAGAUCCGCCGCUUCACCCUGCCGCCGCCCGCUCGCUACCGGGCCAUCUACGACCGCGUCGCCGAGCUCUUCCAGGGGCUGCUGCGGGCCGGGCCGCCGCCCGCCUUCCGCAUGCACUACAAGGAUGAGGACGGCGACCUGAUCGCUUUUUCCUCCGACGAGGAGCUGGAGCUGGCGAUGCCCUACGUGCGGGAUGGCGUAUUCCGUGUUUAUAUCAAAGAGAAAAAGGAGUGCAAGCGGGAGCACCGCUCGCAAUGCAGCCAGGAGCCUCCCCGCAACAUGGUGCACCCCAACGUCAUCUGUGACGGCUGUGAGGGACCUGUGGUGGGCACCAGGUUCAAGUGCAGUGUCUGUCCAGACUAUGACCUGUGCAGCACCUGUGAGGGGAAGGGCAUCCACAAGGAGCACAACAUGGUGAUGUUCCAAAGCCCACUGCUUAAUCCAUUUGAGUGGCUUCCCCGAGGACGCUGGCUCCGUAAAAUGCGCCAUGGAGUUCCACCCUUCCCAUGGAUGCACUGCUGGGGCUAUCCUGGGCCUGCAGCUCCCUGCCAGAACACAGAGCAAGCUGAAGCCACCACUGCAGGUCCCAGUGCACCUGCUGCUGAAGAAGCUUCUACUAACAGCCAGCCUCAGGACCCCAAUGUCACCUUCCUAAAGAAUGUUGGGGAGAGUGUUGCAGCUUUUCUGAGUCCCCUGGGUAUCGAAGUUGAUAUUGAUGUGGAACAUGGAGGACAGAGAAGCAAAGUGACUCCCACUUCUGCCAACCAAGAGAAGACCAAUGCUGAGGCAACCAGCAGUGCUCCAACCCAGAAUGUUCAGACCAAAGCAGACUGGAAUAAUACAGAGUCUGCUGCACAAGUAAAUGUCAUUGCAGAACAGAUGCAAGACAUGGUGGUAGAUCCUGUGCCCACACAAAUGGAAGAUGGCAGCUUCCACUCCCAGGAACACAGCGAGUCUAGCAGUUCAUCAGGGGGAGAGGAGGACUGGACCCACUUAUCGUCCAAAGAAGUGGAUCCUUCCACAGGGGAACUGCAGUCUCUGCAGAUGCCAGACACAGACGGUCCCAGCUCCCUGGAUGUGCCUCGGGAUCCUCCCCAGCCAGGCCCUACAGGACUGCGAGAAGCUGCUCUCUACCCACACCUGCCCCCAGAAGCUGACCCUCGCCUCAUCGAGUCUCUGUCCCAGAUGCUCUCCAUGGGCUUCUCUGAUGAGGGGGGAUGGCUCACUCGGCUCCUGCAGACCAAGAACUGCGACAUUGGGGCAGCACUAGAUGCCAUCCAGUAUUCUAAGCAGCCACCUCACUUGUAGUAGUAACAAAAAGCACUUUUCUAGCUGAAAGCAGAUAAGGCAGCACAAGCUAUUUUGGUUCAUCAUUCUUCCUACUCUGGGUUUCUGUCUCAUGUUCUUAAGUGCUUGUAGAAUGGAGGAAAAAUAAAUACUACUGCAUGUCA